UGGAAAAUUAAAAGGAUGGUAUUUUGAGCAUUUAUUAUGUUAAUUCUGUGAUUUGAGACUACUGAUUGAUGCUCUGAAGGAUUCUUCAAGUUUAAUCAAGGUUGUAAACCUUGAGACAGUUCGUGUAAAACAUGUUCUAAUGAUACUUCCUGUGACAGCUGUGAGCCAUUCAUGACUUUAGACUCAACUUCUUCUCUUUGUGUUCAUUGAGCUGACGACGAAUAUUAUGAUACCAAGUCAGAAUCUUGCAAAAGCUGAAUGGAUACUUGCUUGGGAGUUUGAAGCUAUAGAAAAACAUGCAUGGCAUGAGAUCCUGGACAGAGCUUAGACAUACAAACUCUCGAGUGUGUCGAUGACUGUCAAGCAUCACAGAUUAAGCUUGAAGGACUAAGCCUGUCUGUUCCAAGUGCUUGCAGAACCCCAAACUAUUAUGUUGACCCAUUAAGCUCUGAAAUAUUGGAGCUUGGAACUAGAGAAUAUCCAUACAGGACAAUGAAGGCUGUGAGUUCUGAGAUUCUUACUUUUCUUUCUCAUCAUGAAGUAUUUGUGACUAUCAAUGUGAAAGAUGUUUACUUGGAAGACCACACUUUGUUUGCUCUGAAUAUGACAGAACUCACAAUCAAGAGCCAUCCAGAAUAUGUUGAAGUUAGUAGAAAGGCGUUGAUAAUUCCCACAGAGUUCACUCAAGUUGGGAUCAGCAAAAAAGCUCGGCUCCAUCUCCUAAAUACUGCUGAUUUCUCAGUCGAAAAUGUUGUUGAUGCUGGAGAUUUUUCUGAUACAGAAAGGCUACAAAUUUUGAGUAGAGCAACUAUUGUAUUUGCUAGGACAGGUUUGAAACUUGAGAGUGUAGAUUUGUACAGAGAAGAAGAAGAUUAUAACAAGAAUAUCAUAUUUUAUCAAGGGAUAUACCUUCAAAAUAAAACUUUAACCCUUUCAAAUAUGAUGAUAAAUAUCACAGGCGCUUUUCUAGAAACUACUGAUCCAUUCAAUUUAGUUAUAAGAGACAUAACAUUCGAUACUUAUAGUAUGACUAAAAUUAUGGUUCCUAGAAUGUAUUGCAAUUAUCCUGAAGCAAAUAAGCAAGCUACAGUUAAUGUUGAUGGUAUAAAGAUUGUCACUUCACAUGAAAGAACAACUGUUUUUCAUCCAAGAGUUUUUGGAUCAAACCAUCCUGGAAACUGGACUGUGAAAAAUUUUAUUGCUGAAGACCAUUAUACAAUGGUAGAUUCUCUUACUUAUACUCUCUUUUUUAUGAUACUCCGCACACAUUGCCUUCCUAAUGAUGAUCAUAUCCAUACUGCUCUUUUUGAAAAUUUACGAUUUACCUUAGAUAACUCUAAGGGAGGAAGAUCUAAUCAUAUUUCAUGUUCUACAAAAUUUGGAUUGUACAGACCAGUUUUUAUGACAUACAGAAAUGUAACUAUGUACGGGUACCAAGACACCACUCGCCAGCCGGUGAACCUUAUGGGAUCUAAAAUAGACACUGUCAGAUUUGAAAGCUUUAGGUUUGAAAAUUCUACUAUUGAUUCUGCAUGGAUGAUUAUAUCCGGAUGGAAGAAAGUGAUCAUUGGUAACCCAUCUAGUCUUCUUUCUCAAGGCGAAAUCUCUAAUUCAGAAGAAGCAAUUUUCAAGAAUUUUGGAGGGUUCUCUUCUAAUCUCAUUAGUUUUACUGGUGUUCAAGAUAUUGAAAUUGUUAAUAUCAGACUGAUCAAUAUUUCUGCUUCCUCUUCGAAGAGUUUAUCCUUAGUAUCAUUAAAUAUUUUUGAGGACAGUCAGGUUAUCCUGGAAGGAAUUCAUGUUCAAGGAUUCAAUUCUGGAUUAAGAGGAUUAUUAGCUAUUUUAGGAAAUCUAAAAGCUAUAAAAAUUAAGAAUGUUACUAUUAUCGAUAGCAUUGCACAAACAGGAUUCUCUUUGUUUCAACUAAACUCAAUUGGAAGUAUAACUUUGAAUAAUUUCACAGCUAGAAAUAUCACAGUAAACCAGAUCCAAGAUGAACGUUCAGCUAUAUUUGAUGUGAAUGCUCUGAAUAUGCAAGAAAAUCUCAGCUCAACUCUUGAGAAUACCGAUAUCUCAGACUGUGGAAUUUCUGUGCUAAAGUUCGGAUCUAUUAUCAACAAUAAUACUUCACCAAGUAUGUUUGAGCUUAAGAAUUUUACUGUUCGAGAUUCUGUAUUGACAAGCACAAGAUCAAUAAUUUCAACUUCAAACCUCGAAAGCGAUGCUGACUUCACCUUGAAGUUGAAUGGGUUUUAUUCUUCAAAUGUGACAUUUGAAAGCAAAGGGGACUUGCUGUUCUUUGACCAUGGCUUAGCCAAUCCAGUGAUCAUUGAAAACUCUGUAUUCACUGACUUGAAGUCGGCCUCGAUUACUUUAAGAGGGUCUGAUCCACUUCCCAAUAUUGUUCGUGAAGUUUCUUUUAGAAAUUGUACUUUCAGCAACAUAUAUUCUAUUUCACAAUCUUUGAUCAGAGUAUCAGAACAAGCGACAGUGAGUUUUAUUGAAAGUUCUUUUGAUUCGGUUUCGUCAUCGUCUGAUUGGUCAGGAAUUGUUGAGGCAACAUCAAGUUCAAUUACAAAGUUUUACAACACAAACUUCACGAGAAAUGCAGCUGUAACAUCGACAUUGUUUAAUGUACAAUUAAAUGCUUAUUUGGAAUGAAAUUCAUGAUUCGUCUCACAUAAUUUUGGCAUUAGCAGUGCAGUAAUCUCUGUCUUGACUAAUGGCUAUUUCAAGUUUUUUUAACUGUACUAUCACUGAGAAUAUUGCUAUUCAAAAACCAAUUGGGCAAAUAGUUGAUGCAUCAAAAAUUAGUGUUAUUGAUAGCACACAGAUCUUCAAUAAUUCCAUCAUAACUUCAAAGGUGUUUGAUCAAGAAACUUCUGGAGUUUGUUCACAACUCUGAUUCUUGAAUCAAAGGCUAACCGAUUAUAUCAAAAACAGUCAAUUGCAAAGCAUUCCUGAAGGUUUCGAUCUUAUUGAAGUAGUUUCUGGUUCACUUGAGAUCAUUAAUAACAGCCAGAUCCAUCAUCAGAAUGGAAUGCUAAAUGUAUUCAUGUCGUCUUUAAAGAUAGCUGGUUCAAUCGUCAGAGACAUCAACUUUACUAAUACUCCAGUAAAGCUUACAUCAUCAAUUUUUGAGCUUCAAGAUAUUCUGUUGACAAACAUUCAAGAUAACUCAGCUAAAGAGAUAUUUUUGGUCAAUGAUGAAAGUCAGAUAACUGCAAGCAACAUUACUUACAAGAAUUCUAAUACGAAGUUGCUGAGAGUUCUUUCUGGGAAAGCUGAUUUGAGCAUAGUAACAGCAAGUAACAUCACUAAUUUCGACAAUCUGGCCCUCUUCUUUUCUUGCCAAAGUGUGAAAAUUUCAGAUGCAACAUUAUCUGAUUUGAAGGCUAAAUCAGAUCAAAUCAUCAAGAUAGAAAGCUCUUUGAAUGUAUCUUUGAAUUCCUUCAACAUUGAUGGGUUUGACAAAACUGUAAUAGCUAUUACUAAAUCUAGUGUUAAAGUGAUAUCGAAAGUACUAAUUGCCAGCAGUUUUAAAGCUAUUAGUAUUAAACGAAGUCAAGUUGGUCUGAUUGCUAAUUCGACUUUCAUAAACAAUGGAGAAAAGAACAGCUUUGCUGAAGGUGGAGCAGUUAAGAUAAUAGAUAGUAUCGCAAAUAUAAAAGAUACAAUAUUUUUAAAUAACACUGCCACCAAAGCAGGAGCCAUUGAUUUUGAAUGCUCCUCGACUGAUCUAUGUGAAUUAGACUUUGAUAAUGUCACUUUCACUAAUAAUUCUGCGUCUGUGCAAGGAGGAGCAAUUUAUUACAAUUUGAUCAGACCUAAAAUAUUUAAUUCAACUUUCAUUAAUAACUCUGCACAAUACGGUCCAGAUCUUGCUAGUUAUCCUGUAAAAAUAAAGAUGAAAAAUGACUCAGAUUCACAAAUUCAUUUGACUAGAAUCGGCUCUGGGGUAGUUGUAUCUGUUCCUGUCGAGCUCACUCUAUUAGAUUAUGAUAAUCAAGUAAUGAAUCUGAACAAUGUAGAUCAAGUCGGAAUAUUCUCCCAAAAUAAUACUCGUUCUACAGUGGGAGGGACAAAUUCAUUCCCUUUUAAAUCUGGAAUCGCCACUGUUGAAGGGAUUAUAUUUGAAUCCAAGCCAGGGUCUAAAAAUGUAACAUUUAAUGCUCCCACUAGUGCCAUUGACAGUGACAAAGUUAACACAGCAUUCCCAAAUGAGGACUUAAGCAGCUACAUCACAGUUGAUUUCAGAUUCUGAGAGCCUGGAGAAGAAAUCACCCAUCAAAAUACUUGCAGAGAAUGAGACGCUGGAACUUACUCUGUAACAUGGAAUUCAACCCAAUGAGUCAAGUGUAUGGACAAUGCUGAGUGACUGGGGAGGAACCAAGUUAGUGUAAACCCAGGAUACUGGAGGGCCUCUCAAACCUCCACUUUCAUCGCUGAAUGAAUCAACAAAGAUGCUUGCAAAGGAGGAUUCUCAAGUGAAGCUCUCCAUCCUGUGGACUGAGCAGAGGGCUACCAAGGAGAGUUGUGUGCACAGUGACUUGCUAAUGAAAAUGUGAAAUACAGAAAGAUUGGCAAUUCUAAAUGAGAAAAAUGCCCAAGUCCUGUAUGGAAUGCGAUUCUAAUAAUUGGAUUAGGACUUAUUGUUUUUGCUUUUGUGAUGGCACUUAUUGUUAUUAACAUCAGGAAAACCAAGGAGAGUGAGUUGUCUGUUCUACUAAGAAUAUUGACUAACUAUCUCCAACUCAUAUUUGCAUCCUUAUCUCUAUCGUCAAGCUAUCCCAUCUCAAUGGUCCAAUUCUUCGAAGUUAUGAACAGAUUUGGAGAUACUUCUCAAACAUUCCUCUCGUUUGACUGCUUCAUAAGAGACUACCAGAUAACAUCUCCGUUUGGUUCGAAUGCAAUAUUGAAACUAUUCCUGUUGGCUUUACUCCCUUUGAUUUUGUUUGGAGUAGUGGCUUCAAUUUGGAUCAUUUUAUGCUUAAUCAAGCGCAAAUAUGUGAAGAACCUGCAGAGAAAUUUAGCAAUAUCAUUUAUAAGUAUUUUGUUUCUGCUUCACCCCAAACUGACAGAGCAAAGUCUUAAUCUCCUCCAAUGUGUUGAAAUCGAUGAGGGAGACUCCAGAGUGACUCUCGACACAAGCAUCAAAUGAUACUCGAGUGACCAUAUUCUUUAUAUUUCAAUCUUAUCUGCUCCAAUUUUGAUUGUUUGGGUGGUUUCACUUCCAAUCACAGCCUUGACACUUUUGUUCAUCUACAUUAAAAGACAAUCAAACAACAAGAUCAAGCAGUACUUCCUGAUUCUGUAUCAAGGGCUUAAGCGAAACAAAUUUUACUGGGAGUUUGUGAACACAGCAAGGAAGAUAUUUAUUCUGAUUCUGUUUCCUCUUUCAGUGUCAAUGAAAAUGCUGAUUGCAGUGGUUGGGCUUGUAGUUUUUGCUAGAAUCCAAAUAAAGCUCCAACCUUACACAAUUUCAUAUAAUAACAAUCUAGAAAUGCUUGCAAUUAAUGCAGGAAUACUGACUUUAUUUAGUGGACUUCUGUAUUCUCAAGAAGAAAAAGUUAGCUUUCUCAAUGUAUCAACAAUGAUAUUGAGCAUAGCUACUAAUAUUCUAUUCUUAGUAAACUGGAUAUACUUGUUAUCAGAAUCGAUGAAAGAUUCUUCACAGCUUUUCCUAUUGGCAUACAAGUUCUUGGGCUUUAUUUUGAGAAAACAACAAAAAGACCAAAACGCCAGAAAUAUAAAAGAGAUCGAACACCAAACACUAAGAGAUUUGGAAAAAUCUAAGACUAUCAAGAAGAAGAAAAAGAUCACCAAGAAAAAAAAGAUCACAAAGAAGAAAAUGAGAAUCAAUUUUAAGCAAAGAUCUUUUAACCAGAGAAAAGGAAGAGAUAACGAGAAUAUCCUAUUCUCCAAGACUAACAUCCAAAAAUACCUCCAAAUCAGCAAAAAAUCCAAAACAAGCUCAAAUCUCAACCAGUUCAGAAGCCCACCUCCCAAAAAUAACCCAUCUUCAGAUCAUUCAGAAUAAAUAUUAAGUUCACU